GAAUUUGAAUGGAAUAGCGCUAUAUUCCGGGUGUACGCUACAUCUGGGCGUCAGUCCUUAUUUGGUGUCGAGGUCGCGUAAUGUGUCCAUAAUUGGUUGUCAAAGCCGCUUUGACCUGGUAACUCAUUUCCGUUGUGGAAAUACCAAAUUUUGGGCUUUAGUGAAUAAUAGGUUUUACAUUUUGAAAUGGUGUUGCCUUCAUAGUUGAGUGGUAGUAGUUAGUUGUUAACCCAAAAACAGCCUUAUUGAGUGGCAUAUUUUGUGGAGAAAAGGUAUUAAUGCGAAUAACAGAUAGGUUUCACAUAAUUAACAAAUCAAUGGACGUUUUCUACAGGUGGCGAGACUAUAAAUUAUGGACGACCUUUGAACAAAUUUUAAGUGACCUUGAGGAAUAUAAGUCUAUCAGUCACCUUAUUCAAUGUCAGUACACAUAGAAAAUACACCCUUUACAAAUCGCAGUGAGAAUCUUAUUCAGAGUCACGAAUUCAAUGAGGAAUCUCAGAAAAAUGAAGAUAGUCGAAAGUCUAUAGAAGUUGCCGAGUAUUUAUUGGAUAAAAAGCUCUUUUUAUCUGCUCUCGAGUACUAUUUCGAACAGUUGGAGCGUGGCAAAAGUAUAAAACUUUUGCAUGAGUUCUUCACUAGUCCAAAUUUUGUUGAUAAUUUGAACUUAUCUUCUGCGGAGUCAUCCAGUUUGCUAAUGGGGAAAUAUCCGAGCCUAUCUUCUUUGGAUUCGUCAGACAUUGGACGGGUAUCAGAUGAUGGGAAUACGCUUGAAGAAAAACUAAAAGUACUUGAAUAUGAGUUGCGCAAGAAAAAUGACGAAAUAAGUGCAUUACGGAAUGAGUUAACCAGUUUGGUAGCAUGCGGAUAUAAAAGUGAUGUACCAUCUUCACAAACUUCAGAUUCUACUUUGAACAACCAUUUUCGGUCGAAUUUUAACAAUGGUACACAAAAAACGCUACCUCAUGAACUACGUGCAAUAUCAUUUUUAAUUAAUGAAUAUUUUUUGGAACAAAAUUUUCGUUUAACUGCAAUACAAUUUGCUGAAGAAGUAGAAGAACAUGGUUUGCAUAGCCUGGAAUCAUGGCAUGAAGUUGCAAUAAAUUUACGAAAACCUCCAAGCUUAUUAUCUUUACUCAGGUUAUAUUGGCAUCCUUCUUCUGUUUCACAAUCAUCACAAAUUUCACCAAAUCGAUUAGAUGUACCAAAUUGUAAAUUUUGUGAAGUUGCUGUUCAAACUGAAUCUGAUCAAAAUGUUUAUAAUGUUACAGUUGGUUUUAAUGAAUAUUCCUCAAUAGAAAUUCAAGCAAAAAAUGAGGAAAUUUCAUCGUUGAAAUCGAAAAUCAAUCACCUAGAAUUACAGUAUUCAACUGCUUCACAAAACAUCAGGGAUUUGCGUAAUCAACUUAUUUGUCUUAAACGUGAACACAUUGAAAUGAUAGAUAAAGCACUAUCAAAUAAAAAUACUACGACGGCAAAUGCAAACGCUACUGCGAUAAAGGUGAGUGAUUCAGAUGACGAAUGCAAUAACCAAUCAAACCUAAGCGACAAUGACAGUGUCUCAUAUUCUUCUGGAAAAUAUGAUUUUGCUGAUCGAACUAACAAAUCUCGUCGUAAACUAUCUAAAGAGUUUUCUCGAUAUAUUGCCCAUUUAUUACCGGAUGAUGACCUAAUGUUAAAUGAAGUUAAUCAUAAUUUUCACUUAACCGAUUCAUUAGAUGAAUUUGUCACAUUUUUAGCUCAAUAUGUUGAAAAGAUUUUAUCAUACUUAGUUGAUAAAGGCAAAUUAAUUUUUCUCCCCUUAUUAGUCCAAAUUAUUUGUUUACAUUCCAAUCCAUCGGUACGUGAUCAAUUUCUUUGCUUAUUAUUUGAUUUCCUUUCAACUACCUCGUCCCCUACCUCAUCACCUCAACCAUCAUUAUUGUCAAUUGAGCAUAAAAUUCAUGUGGAUUUUAUGAAUUCGCCUAGUUUAAUUAAAAUGAAUACUGGUUGUGAUUCAAUUAGUCGUGUAAAUCAUGAUGAAUUCUCUAAGCAUAUAUUAAAUGCUUUACGAUUAUUAGCUUCAUAUUUAGGUCCUGCUCGAUUGGAAGGUGAACUGUUACCGGGAUUAUGGUUACAAAUAAAUAAAUGUUCAAUUUCUGACCUAUCCAGAAGGCUUCUUUUAGUAUCGGCCUGCGGUGUAAUCGCUCCUCACCUUCCGUCGCAUUUACAAUCUUCCAUAAUGUUAUGUAUCAUGGAAUCCAACCUGGAUGAAGAACGUAAUCCAACAGUACUGGCAGCUAGUAUACGUUCUCUGUCAUGUUUGAUUAGUUCAAUGUCGGAUUCUCAUAAGUUGCCACAAAUUAUACGUCGACUUAAUUCAUUUCUUAUACAAACUGCAAAUAUAUUCAGUGAUGCGCAACAGUUGAAACUAUUUUAUUUAUCAAAUAAAAAUUCAUCAUCAGAGGGAACAACAAUGACAGCAGUGCAAUCGUUAUCUAAUCCCAUAUAUAAUGCUACUAUGAAUUAUUUCUUAUCAUCUGUAGCUCAAUGGUGUUUAGAAUUAGACUCGAUUCAACAAAUUCUACUUGAUCCAUGGUUAAUUCAUUUCGAUAAUUAUAUUUUGGCACGUCAAAAUACUAAAGAUGAGGUCGCACCUGAUAUGGUAUUGCUUUAUUUAAAUACUUUAUAUUAUUUAACACCAUUUCUUCACUCUUGGUUAUUAUUAUCGUUAAUAAAGAAAUCAAAUCCUGAUGAAAGUUCAUGGUUAUCUAUGCAAAAUCUACUUCAUGCUUAUCGUAAUUCAACUUCAGAAUUUGAACGUCUUUUGCGAAAGAAUUUCACCUUUAAAGAACCUGACUUAGUGAAAUCUUCCCCCACUACUACUGCCGCCAUCAUUACUAACAUCAACACGUUGAAUUUCAUUGAUGCAUCAAUAAUUCUUGGACAAGAUAGUUUUGAAUUACUAUCAGAAAUGAUGAAAUAUAUAUGUAAGUCAGACAUGCCAAUGUCAACCAUACCUUCAACGUUAUCAUCAAAUCAAACUGGUGAUUUGGAACAAUCAUUUUACUCUAGUCAUAUAUGUCAAAUCGAUAAAUGGAUAGCAAAACAAUGGUUUGAUAAACAUUUAAUUUGUAAAUUAAUUGACUUGUUAGAACAAUUACCUUAUUGUAAUAAUGGUGAUCUAUGUUUAAAAAUGAAAUCAUUUCUUGACUUGGAUUAUGCUAAUGGUUGUUUUGAUGAUGUAAUUAAACAUCAAUUUGAUGAAUAUUUCGCUUAUCCAUGCACAGAAACAUUACAAUCGAAUAAUUUUAAAGUAGCUUUUUCAGUAUGUCGAUUUCUUGUUUCAAUUGGUAAUGCAUUAAAAUCAUAUGGUGUAUCAAAACUAAUUGCACCACAUUUUAAAGUCAAAUUAAUGAAACAAACAGAACAUGGAAAUUAUGAAUAUGAUCACAGUUCUAUGCAAACUGGACUCUUAGCUGGUUAUUGCUGUUUGCUUUCUUCUACACAAUCGAAAUCAGAAAUAGGUCAAGUAAGAAUGCUGUUGACAAGUGCUAUAUUUUUACAUGCACGUGAAGGUUUCCCACUUCAUUGUAUAAAUUUAACAGCUUGGUGUCUUUGCUUAACUACUAAUUUGGAUAUUGCUGUACAAGAAAUUUUACUUCCAGCAAUACGACCAUGUUUAAGUUGCGCUGAUAGUUCAGUUCGUCGAGCAGUAGCUAAUCUACUUCAUGGAUUAAUCGAAAUUCUACGAUUUAUCAGUGGAUCGUAUAGUAACAAUGAUAUCUCACAUACCAGUGCAAUAACGUCAACAUUCACAACACAUAAUGAUAUUUGCAAAUCAAAUUUAUUAGGAUUAAUAUGGCCAUUUAUUAGUCAAGUGACUAGAGAUGAUUUAACCGGUCAACGUAAACGUAUUACACCGGAUCAAGCUGAUUGGAGUGUGUUAUGUUGUUCACUUGGUCCAUUGUACAGUUUCCUCAUGUUAAUAUGUGUACCAUAUCUAAAUUCGACUGUGUCUUCUUCUUCUGCUACUAUUGUUGCUGGUGGUGGUGAUCCUUCUGGAGGUUCUAGAGUAGAAAACUCUUCGUCUUUUCCUUCUACAACAACAAUGGAUACAACUUUAGUUUCAACAACAGAUACACUAACAAACAACGCAUCUAAUGAAUAUGCUAAUUAUCGUAUUAUGGCAUUUGAUUUACUUAGUUUACAAUAUGAUUUGGUUGUUGGUCGAAGGAAUUCCAAUGAACAACUUAAUUCUAAUGUACAAACUACAAGCAUAGAUUAUACAAUGGAUCGAUUGAUAAUUUCACAACGUCGAUUUUGGAAUACAUUAGUUAAUAAUCUCCUAGAUUUAACUAAUCGUCUUCUUCCGAUAUGUGGUGAAAAUUUUCAACAAAAUAAUAUAUUACCAUGGCUUUUUAAUUUAGCUGAAAUGAAUAAUUCUUUACCAAGCUUAGAAAUACGUGUUGAAUUAGCUAAUCAUUUGUUCACAGUGUUUUCGACAGCUGCAUAUUCUGUACAAAAUGAAAAAAGUUUACUUCAGUGGUUAGUUCCAGGUUUAGAUCGUGUACGUUUAGAUUUAAUUGAAAGUGGAGAUAAUCGUCGUGUUCGUGAGGUAGAACAAUUCAUAUCUGAUUUAUACUCAAAUCUUCGAUUAAAUGAUCAAGGACGUUCUUCCAAUUCAAAUUCAUCUACCGGUAUACGUACUAGUGUAUCCAACCGUUGGACUAAAUUAACUUCAUUCAAUAAUUCCAAUACGAAUACAGUGAAUAGUACUAGUCACAGUACUGACAAUCAUAGUACUACUACGAAUACUAAUAAUACUUUUAAUACUUCUAACAAUGGAAUAAGUAUUCCAACAUUCAAUACUACUUUAGAUACUAGUCAUAAUUCACCACCAGAGAUUGAAAUGAAAAAAUCUCAAUCUCGAACAAAAAAUUUACGUUUCAAUUUUCGUCGACAUUAGUAAUACUACUAAUAAUAAUAUUGUUAUCAAAAUCCUCAUAUGUGAUACACAGUUUAUUUUUAUUUCCUUUUUAAUUACUGGGUUACAUUUCAAGAUUCUGUAAUUUAUGUGUUUAUUAGAGAAAUACAAACAAGCACCUAAUUUUUGAACCCUGUUUUUUUUAUUAUUUUGGCAACAUGUUAUUUUUAUUGUGAUCUGUACUCCUUACUAUUAUUAUUAUUACAACGUAUUCAUCAUUGAUUUAUAAUUUAUCUUCUUUGUAACCAUGGAAAUAAAGUAUUUUAUAAAUGAUAAUUCUAAGUGAAUGUUUACAUUCAUAUAUCUAUAUUGAAUUUGUAUAAAAUCAACAAAUAUGAUUAUAAUUAAUUGGUGAUGUUUUCUUUGAUUUUUUCUGGAUCAUCUAUCUAUUCCUAGGUAAAACAUCAUACUUCAGUAUAAGGAUGUUGUUAUUUAUUGUAACUAAUAUGGGUAUUAUUAACUUAAUUAUUGUCAUCCUCAAAAACCAAUAUGCCUUAACUUAAUAACAUAUCAGACAGGUUGUGUUUUGUUACCACGACUCCUAAUUAUUCUUUUUCCUAUUUAUUUAUUGAUCAGCGCUUUUUUGGAUGUAAAUUAUCUGUAUUACCUCUUUUUUUUAAAAAAAAAAACAAAAAGAACCGUUUUUAUAUGUUUAUAAAUGAAUGGAAAAAAAACAGAAUGAUCAAACCACUUAUUGAUUAUUAUGUUUAUGAUCCUUUAUAAAACUGGAAAGAAUCACUCUACACUUUUACUUUGUACACAUUAAACAAAUUCAAUUUUACUAAUUAUUAUUAUUUUUUAAUACUUAAAAUGUUACUGUAUAAAAUUGAUGUCUUUUAAGUAAUGUAUGUACGAAUGCUCGAAUCCAUCUGAUAUUUCUUCAUAUAUGAAGGGGGUUUUUUUCAAGAUUGUUGAACUGCUAUAAAUUAUAACACAGAUUGACUUUAUUUAAACAAUCACUAAAAAACUAAGAAAUACUGGACGUUUGUUUUGUUCUGCUAUGAGACUUGGUAGUGCUCAUCCAUGAACCACCGGCAAUAGAACCCUUUCUAAGUCGAAAUAGCUGCCCAUUGUUUCUUUUUUUUUAAUAAUUUUCUAAUUCCAGUCCGUAAUGUGAACUAUAAAAAUUCAGUGUUUGUAGGUAUCGAUAACAAAGUCGCACUUGGUAGUUUUAAGUAAAUUAAGUAUUGUGUUAAUUUAGUUUGGUUACUUAUCUACUCUGAAGAAGUGGCUUACAUUAAGUCAUGAAACGUUAGAAAUACAAUUUUACGACUCAAUGCGAUAUAACAAAAUAUAUAUUUAUUAUAUAACAGUAUAUCUUUAAAUAUAUAUUAUAAGCAUUUUCUUUAUAUGAUAAUUCAGAUUACUGUCUUCCGACUGAUUAAUUAUGGUAACAUCGCCAACCAUUUAGAUUAAACAGUCAAUUAACUACAAAUUAAUUGUUCAGCUUGAUGUAAAAUAUGUCAUCAGUUGUGUAAUUAUGACAGAAUACAAUUAUUUCUUGACACAGAUUAGUCUCGAAAUUCGAACGAAACAAAUGUGAAGAGAUAUUGUCUCGUUAUUAUUUGUUCAACCAACUCUCCCUGUAGCUCUUCUAGAGUUACU